GGAGGGGGCGGAGAGUGCGCGGCUGGCUGCGGCGGCCGGGGAGGCCGGGGAGGCCGCGGCGCGGUCACUGCGAGCCGAGCCGAGCCGCGCCGAUCCCAUCCGGCCUCGGCACUCGCGCGCGAUCCCGGCCGGCGGUGCGGCCCAGCGCGCCAGGCGGCGCCACAGCCCAUGGAGCUCGAGAACAUCGUAGCGAACACGGUGCUACUCAAGGCCCGCGAAGGUGGCGGUGGAAAUCGCAAAGGCAAAAGCAAGAAAUGGCGGCAGAUGCUGCAGUUCCCGCACAUCAGCCAGUGCGAAGAGCUGCGGCUCAGCCUCGGCAAGCAGCAGGUGUGGGCCUGGCCGGGGCUGGGCUGGGCCGGAACCUCAUGGACCGCACCCAACCCCAGUACUGUGACAUACGCAAGUCGUGUAAAUCAGAGCGUGACUAUCACAGCCUGUGCGAGCGGCAGCCCAUUGGGCGCCUGCUGUUCCGAGAGUUCUGUGCCACGAGGCCGGAGCUGAGCCGCUGCAUCGCCUUCCUGGAUGGGGUGGCUGAGUAUGAAGUGACCCCGGAUGAGAAGCGAAAGGCAUGUGGGCGGCAGCUAAUGCAGAAUUUUCUGAGCCACACGGGUCCUGACCUCAUCCCAGAGGUCCCCCGGCAGCUGGUGACGAACUGCACCCAGCGGCUGGAGCAGGGGCCCUGCAAAGACCUUUUCCAGGAACUCACCCGGCUGACCCAUGAGUACCUGAGCGUGGCCCCUUUUGCCGACUACCUCGACAGCAUCUACUUCAACCGUUUCCUGCAGUGGAAGUGGCUGGAAAGGCAGCCAGUGACCAAAAACACCUUCAGGCAGUACCGAGUCCUGGGCAAAGGUGGCUUUGGGGAGGUGUGUGCCUGCCAGGUGCGGGCCACCGGUAAGAUGUAUGCCUGCAAGAAGCUAGAGAAAAAGCGGAUCAAGAAGCGGAAAGGGGAGGCCAUGGCGCUGAACGAGAAGCAGAUCCUGGAGAAAGUGAACAGUAGGUUUGUAGUGAGCUUGGCCUACGCCUAUGAGACCAAGGAUGCGCUGUGCCUGGUGCUGACGCUGAUGAACGGGGGCGACCUCAAGUUCCACAUCUACCACAUGGGCCAGGCUGGCUUCCCCGAAGCACGGGCCGUCUUCUACGCCGCCGAGAUCUGCUGUGGCCUGGAGGACCUGCACCGGGAGCGCAUUGUGUACAGGGACCUGAAGCCGGAGAACAUCUUGCUGGAUGACCACGGCCACAUCCGCAUCUCUGACCUGGGGCUGGCUGUGCACGUGCCCGAGGGCCAGACCAUCAAAGGCCGUGUGGGCACCGUGGGCUACAUGGCUCCGGAGGUGGUAAAGAAUGAACGGUACACAUUCAGCCCUGACUGGUGGGCGCUCGGCUGCCUCCUGUACGAAAUGAUCGCAGGCCAGUCGCCCUUCCAGCAGAGGAAGAAAAAGAUCAAGCGGGAGGAGGUGGAGCGGCUGGUGAAGGAGGUCCCCGAGGAGUAUUCUGAGCGCUUUUCCCCGCAGGCCCGCUCACUCUGCUCACAGCUCCUCUGCAAGGACCCGGCUGAACGCCUGGGGUGUCGUGGCGGCAGUGCCCGCGAGGUGAAGGAGCACCCCCUCUUUAAGAAGCUGAACUUCAAGCGGCUGGGAGCCGGCAUGCUGGAGCCGCCCUUCAAGCCUGACCCCCAGGCCAUUUACUGCAAGGAUGUUCUGGACAUUGAACAGUUCUCUACAGUCAAGGGCGUGGAGCUGGAGCCUACCGACCAGGACUUCUACCAGAAGUUUGCCACAGGCAGCGUGCCCAUCCCGUGGCAGAACGAGAUGGUGGAGACCGAGUGCUUCCAGGAGCUGAAUGUCUUUGGGCUGGAUGGCUCAGUUCCCCCAGACCUGGACUGGAAGGGCCAGCCACCUGCACCCCCUAAAAAGGGACUGCUGCAGAGACUCUUCAGUCGCCAAGAUUGCUGUGGAAACUGCAGCGACAGCGAGGAAGAGCUCCCCACCCGCCUCUAGCCCCCAGUCCGAGGCCCCCACCGGCAGUUGGCGGUAGCAGCUACUCCGAGCGCCGUUUACAGUUUUGCACAGUGGUCUUCCCCAUUGUCCACUCAAGUCGUGGCCUGGGGAACACAGACGGAGCUGUCCCCAGUGUCCUCCGCCCCUCAGCCCCUGGUCUGGCUGAGUUUGGCAGGGCCUGGGCCGUCCCUGGGACAAAGGUGCGUCCCUUCAGCUCUUCUCUGUGGAGCUCGGGGCUUUCUGUAUUUAUGUAUUUGUACGAAUGUAUAUAGCAACCAGAGCAUUCUUAAUUCCCGCCGCAGACCUGGUGCCCGCCUUGGCUCCUGGGGGCAGCCAGCCCUGGCUGGGAGAGCGGGAGCUGGCAGAGGAGCCACUGCCGAACUCAAGGCUCCUCCGUCCCAGCUUGGAUGGCUGAGGGUGGUCACACCCCUGAGCCUUCAGCACUGUGCUGGCCACCCCCAGCCUCUGAGUAAGACUCGUGCCUGCCCCCGCUGCCCUGGGCUCAGGCUGCUACUCUCUGGGGCCCAAAGCUGUCCCUUCUCAGUGCUUGUCAGAGAUGGAUCUGGGGCCUCUGUAUCCCCUAGGCCUGUGCCAAAGUGUCCAGAGAUUGGGCCGGCUGUGAGACCCGUCAGCCCACUGCCCCGGCCGGCCCAGAUAGGUUUGCCUCUGCCUUCCAGCUCCCAGGGCCUGGUCCCUGAUGCUGGGCCCUGUCCUGGAGACACCUCUUUCAGAAGCGCCUGAGCCCAGCCCCUAGGAGGGGAUGGGGCAUCCCUGGUCAACCCUCAAACAUUCCAGACUCCCCUCAUAACAAUAGACACGCGCCCAGCAAUAAUCCGCCCCUUCCUGUGUGCGCCUGUGGGGUGUGUGCGCGCGCGUGUGUACCUGUGUGGGUGAAGGGGAUAGGGCAAGGCUGUGCCUGUGCCCCAGGCCCCAGUCCUGGCCCUUCGCAGACUGUGAUGGCCAUCCUGGUCUCAGUGUUAGGGUAGCAUGGGAUUACAGGGCCUUGUUUUUUGCAUAUUUAAAGCCAAUUUUUAUUA